CGCACAUUCGUAUACAAACAAACACAUCAAAGAACGGAGGUUGUGGUCCUCACACAUCCCUCUCUAGCUUUUCACCUUUCCUCUCAAAAUUCCCACCCCCCACAUCCACCCACACCAAUAUCUUCCCUUCUUCUUCCUGAAAUCCUCCAUUGCCUUCACUGUUUUUCACUCUCUGAUCCAUGGAAGCAAGUAGAGCUGACCUAAAACAGAAGGGUGUGAAGGACAAAGUGAAGAAGGAAGCUGCAACAGAGGUUGAGGACAUGGAAGAUGAUGAGUUCUUGGGUACUUCAGAGGAUGAUAGGAAAAAGAGAAGUGGUGGCAGUGGUGGAGGCAAGAAAGGGAGUGGUGGUGGGGGAGCAAGUUCAAUGAGGUGUUGCCAGGCGGAGAAGUGUACUGCUGAUCUUAGUGAUGCUAAGCAGUACCAUAGGCGGCAUAAGGUCUGUGAACACCAUGCUAAGGCUCAAGUUGUGGUUGUCGCCGGACUCCCGCAACGGUUCUGUCAACAAUGUAGCAGAUUUCAUGAGAUUUCAGAGUUUGAUGAAGCCAAGAGAAGUUGCCGGAGGCGUUUGGCCGGACACAACGAGCGACGUCGGAAGAACUCAGCUGAUUCUCAUGCAGAUAGCUCCUCAAGCCGCAAAGGGACAGGCACCGGGACUCAGUUGAAGGACCUUGUUUGUGGACAGGUUGAUGAUAGGGGAAGGAUUCAGAUAACCAUCCAAGAAAAUGCCACUUACAAACAUUUCCAGAUCAGAUAAGAUCUCCACUGUUUCCUCUCAAGCAUGCAAUGCUCCCUCUCUUCUGUCAUCCUAGGAGUUUCUCAGCAUAGUUGCACUGGUAAUGUAAUCCCAUAUCAGACAUAUUGAAGAAAAAGAACGAAAGUGGUAUCGAGUUCGAUACCUAUCGAGAUCUACAAGUAAAUAAGGCUUUGUCACGACUCAUUUGAGAUCAAGUUAUAACUUGAAAAGUGUGAAAGGGAGGUAAGUGGUUAUGAGUUCAGUGAGAUUAAAUUACGACUCUAAAUAAAUUGGGAUAGAUUCUAAAUAUUAGAGUCGAUCGCGAACCCUACUUUAUUGUGAAUCAGGUGAUUGAAUUGGAACUUCACCAUUGUUUUGAAAUAACUUUCGGUAAGGAAUUGAAAAGCAACCCUUCGUUGCCCUACGCUUACCGAUGGGAAAAUUGUAUGAGAAAAGUAGAGAAGCCAGCAGCAAUGUCACAUUUCUUCACCAGUUUAUGGGAUUGAUAGUUGGCAGUAAUAUAAACUGUUCUAUGUUGGCUUUGCUUAUUUUAGAGCUUGUAUGGUGUGCAAUGUUAGAC